AACCAACUUUGCUUGACCGGUAUCUGUUUUCUUUCUUCAUUCUAUCAUCCGGUGAAGGUGCGGAGAGGUGUUUCUUGUUCCUGUUCCUGUGUUCACACCACAAUAGUGAAUAGAAACAGAAAUGUGAACAGCUGCUUUUAACGUGAAGUCGCUCUUGUGGCAUCAGAAUACAAGCAAUCUGCAUAUUUUUGGCCAGGAUCAGUUUGCAAGCCUCUUAAGUGGAUUGCUGCUUGGCGUCAUAUCCUCUUUCUCUUCCAGAACAUUUUUGACCAUUUGCCACCCCAAAAAUCUCCUCAAAAUGACACACUAUAAACUAUAUUCAAAAUCUUUUUUUGAAUGUCUUGUCAUAAAGAAGUACAACUCUGCUGUCCAGGUGUCUCCUCUUGUGAGGCGCCAUUCUCCUGAAGUGACCAGAGAGAUGCCCGGGGUGUUCUAAUCUCAGGAACAGCCUGUUACCAAAAACCUUGUUAACUAUUGAUGAGGGACACAGGUGCCAAACAGGGCUGUCCACAUACCUAUCUGAUGUUGAGGGCGAUGAGCAUGAGUGGACUCACACCUAUAGGCAAGGCUGAAAUGGAUUUUGGGUUUCAGAAAAGUUGACUCAGAGGAUGCUUGCAACAUAAGGACAGAAUCCCAACUCACACAGGACUACCUUGCAUUCUGAGUCAACAUGGAUCCACCAAAGCUCCCGGUCACCAGGUUGGAUGUGGAUGUGGAUCUCGGCUUUGUGCUUUUCUUCUUCACCCUCCUCUGUUUCUUCUUGCUGGUGACUAUUGUGCGCUGUGCUCAAAUGGUGCUGGACCCGUACAGCGCCGUAUCGGUCUCCACCUACCAGGAGGAGCAAACUGAGGAAUGAAGGUGACUGUUCAUCAUGAUGCCCUUGUGUCACUCAAACACUAAGUUUCUAUCUGCAGAAGUAGAACUAAUGCAUAAUGGUUGAAGCUGAAAUGACACUGGUGAUGUCUUGAAGGGGUCACCUCAAUGAACCAUUGAAGGUGAAAUUCUUCGAUGAAAGUAGCGCACAGAUGUUUCAAAUUUUCAAUUAUGGGAGAUUGAAACACGUUCAUUGUAAUAUAUUCGUGCAAGUUUGUUGUUAUAAAGCCAAGGCCUUGGCCUCCGUGACAAGUGUGGAAAAGCAUGUAAAUGUAUCUUCGCACAAAAUGUGCUCACAAAAGAUUUCAUGACGAAUUGAAGAUGAAAACACUCAGCAUUAGGUGCAAGAGUGAGCAUUUACAGAUGUUUAACACAGGGAAAGGAUAUUCGCACAACUUGGACAUGCAGUAUAAUGCAGAUGUUCUUCAACAGUAUUUUAUUUUUCCUGAAAUUUUAUUAUUGCAUGUAGAACAAAUAACCGCAGUGAAGUUGGUUGGAUUGACAGACAUCCGCUCCAGGACGAACGCCGCCAGCCGCCGUUCCCUCCCCGACUAGUGCUCGCUGAUCGCGGACUGAAUAUUUGUCAAGUAGCGCUAACGCUGCUUAACACGGUCGGUUAGGGACGGUCAACAAAUGUCUCGUCUUCGUAGAUUUUCCUCAAUAGCUUCCAGGAAAAGCGUCCAUCAGGGUCCAAAGGUUUGAAUAUUCAGGGACACGAGACACAUCUGUCACAGACAUUUAUGUUGCCAUAUUGAACGUAAUAUUUCUAAUAUUAAUAUUUUGCUAAUAUAUUUUUAAUAUUACCUCAAUAGCUUCCACGAAAAGCUGC